AUGCGCCAAACUCUUCGUCGGUCCUGUGCUACAUGUGCCAAAUCCAAAUGCAGUUGUGACCUCCGUAAACCGCGUUGCUCUCGCUGCCUUAAGCGUCAGCUUCAGUGCGUUUAUGCAAAUGAACCGUCAACGGCCUGGCCGGCAGCUUUUGGGCAGGGGAAUAGUGAAUCGAUAAAAACACUUGAUGAAUCCAACAUUUUAACUAGCUAUAGAUUCGGGGGUCUCGAUCCUUUCGAUUCGUAUCCACAGACAAGACUACCCAGGGAACACGUUCAACGUCUCAUCCAUAGCUUUCUUCAUAAGAUUGCUUUUCAGUACUAUCCUCUCGAUAUGAACCCAGUCUCGAAUCCGUUUCUUAUCUCUUGGUGGCCACUUGCUCUGGGCGACCCAGCAUUAUUUCACGUAUCGCUCCAAACAGCUUGUCUCGAUGAGGAACUGCUAGCUCAGAGGGGCUUUCGAACCUCGGAUAUUCUCAUGGCUGACUCUGUGACUCUGCUUCGGCGAAGAAUUGAGGACACGACACUAGCCGUACAAGACGGGACUUUGAAUUCCGUCAUUACCUUGGCCACAAUUGAGUUUGGAAAAGGCAAUGUUAAUGUUAGCGAAAUGCAUGUUGAUGGAGUGAAAAGACUAGUCCGCAUGAGAGGUGGCAUAAAUGCUGUAAAGCAGACCAACCCGCUCACUGCAAGGAUGGUCAGCUGGGUAUCGAUGCUCAUUAAGGGCUAUCCUCAAUUCGAGACCCAGGAUGACCUCGGCAUUGGAGAUGGCAUACCUCCUGUUUCAGAAUGGCAGCUGGACUUGACUACCAUUGGUGAUAAUUUACCCGAACUUAGCAGUGUUAUUAGCGACCCUGCAGUCAGGAAUGUCUUCAUUCAUCUCCGUAUCCUCUUCCAGCGGGCGCGGCGGAUACCCUUCACACCCUCCUGGCUUCAUGACCUCACCUGUUUUGUCGUACAUCGACUACUACUCUCAGCCCCGGACACGGGAAAAUCUCAGUCAACACCGACCACAGAAUGCAUUCGCCAUGCGAUCAUUCUUUACAUGUUUAUUACCCAAGGACCGACGUAUUACUCCCAUGGAGUCAUAUUGAAUACACUUGUCACUCGGUUUAUAAAGCAUCUCAAGCAGCUGGAAUUGACCCCUCGUAUACGCGAUUCCCUUGAUGUCUGGCUUCUUGCAGUUGGAAUGGUGGCCUCGUUUGAUACUACUCACUAUGAUGUGCUGGUAGGGAGAGCUCGAAAUUUAGCAGCUCAUCUAUUGCUAAAUAAUUGGAAAGACGCACUCAUCUAUAUCAAGAGUGUCUUGUGGUUGGAGACUGAGGAAGGCGAAGAUAUGUUUCGGCCGCAUUGGGUCCCCAUUCUUGGUGCUGCAAAUGCAGAGCAGCCGGAGUUUACGGUCUCUGUUUCCAGUAAGAUAUACUUGUCUUCUGAGGAAAAAUAA